AUGCCAACUGAAAAGCAAAAUAUUGUAACAUAUUGUGAAAAUUUAUUAAAUAAUUUUAGAGACAAAAAAGAAACAAAAGAAGAUACCUAUGAAAAAGAUUCAAUUUUUUAUGAAUUUAAUUAUACUUCAUUUCAAAAUGUAACUUCUCUCAAUAUGAUAGUUGGAAUUUGUAUAAUUUUUGGAUACAUAAUAAAAUUUGCCAUAACAUUAAAAUUAAGUCCUUACUGUGGUUUACUUGAAGGAAUCAAAAAUAAGGAUGAUUUAGAUGAAAUCAUAAUUUGUGAUAUAAUAAUGUUGGUAGCAAUAUCCUUUGAACUUUUUUUAUUGAUUUUUAUAUUGAAAACUUCAUUUAAAAAAAUUUCAAUUAAUACAUUUAUGUCCAAACUUAUGACAACUGAAAAUGAUACAGAAAAUGUUAAAAGUAGUAUUAAAAAAAAGAAAAUAUCUAAAUGUAAAGAUAAUUAUCCUACACCAGCAUCAACAAAUAGUACACAGUUACCUUCUAACUAUAAAUUUACUGAAAAUGGUAGUACUAUAGGUAUAAGUUCAAGUGAUACUUUUAAUUAUAAUUAA